UAUGUACAUACAUAUCCAGAUUCGAUCCAUAAAUAGCACUCACUUCAUUCUUAAAACAAACAUUUGAACUCUUCUAUGGUUGGGGAGUUGGUAAGGCUCCAUUAUGAAUAUGUACAAUCUACGUGUUUCAGACCUCUAAUUGUCUGGCACAUUGACCUCUGAUUGGGAGUCCUUGCUGCAAAUCACAUCCCGGCCGGCUCGGAGUAUCGGGCGCCCAUUUGAUACCACUUGAUACUACCCGGACAUUCGUUGAGAUCUCCUAACAUAAGUACGCCAAGUAAGCAGGCGAAGCAGGCGAAGCAUUUCAAGGAAUGGCAUCGCCAGGUGCAUCCGCCGCCCCAGCACCUACGGCUUUUGAUAAUUCGAGCGUCUGGCAUAACAUUACGGCCUGGACCGUCCAGCAUUUUAGAUAUUCUGUCAACAACGUCACAAGAUACGCCCCAUCCCUCGAGGAUCUAAUUCUAGCCGGACCUAGGAUGCUAACUAGACUCGGCAUAUCCAUUCCCGAUACCAUCGACGGCUUUAAACAACGUGUCAUAGCUGAUCCAACUUCUCCAGAGUAUCUCUUCAGUACCGCUACCUCCGAAAUGCUUACAGAGGUCUCGGAGGCAGUCUCGGAGGCAAUCUCUGAUGCCGUAGAUGCCGCGAACGUGUUGGAGAAUGAGGACCAGGACCCCGCCGUCUUGGUUUCCAAAUUCUCGUCUGAUGGAGCCAAAGGUUUAGGAAGCGUCUUUAGUUACGCGACAAGUAAAUGGGCGCUUUGCUGUGUUGCUAUGGCUAUCAUCCUUAACCGCACACAUAUCUUUGCAGCCUCACGAAGGAGAUUAUAUCUGACGUGGCCCGUUCGACUCUUCCUUCGAUUCCUACCUAUCCUUCUCUUCGCGUACCAAGCCCGCCAGCUCUUGCAAUCCAUACAAUGCCAAACUUCUCCCGACUUCGCCGAGUUGCGCUGGGCCAAUGCGAGCAAGACAUCGGACCUUAUGUUCGCCCAACCCUCGCGAUAUCUACAUAGUCUGAGCACCGUCUUGCUACUCGGCGCUACCGACUAUGACAGUUGCCGCGCUGUUAAUAUGAUUCCUCCAAGUGCCCACGAUUAUUCGAACGAGCUGCAAGGUUCCCUAUCAUUGCUAUGGCCUCUAUUUGGGACACUAUGUCUGAGCCAUUUCUUGGAGACAAUUUCAUGCGCGGUUCAAGGGCGCCAAGUCGCCGUCGAAACGGGAAUGACGCUUUUCGAACACUCGCUCGCGUUUGCCGAAGCCGAUGCUGCCAUUAGCAACCAGCUAGGCUGGGGCCUAUUUUCUAGUAAUACUGCUUCUAAUGUGACCUAUCAACAAGCAUCCGGGCCCGGUAUCGCCAUCUCCAGAUCUAUGAUUAUGAAACGGGUCAAUACCCCGCCCGAGGUUCUCCUUGUGGCUUUCCUUACAGCUAUGAGCCAUAUCACUAGCCACGUGUUGGGAGUGUUUGGCUUGCAGAGUAAAUAUCGGUUGGUUAGUACAGGCUUCUGGGCCUUGUGUUUCAUGGGAAGUAUUGUGAUAGAAGCUCUAGACUUCACCUUCGAUAACCCCUCAAGUAUGGGCCUCUUCCGAUUUCCUACCGUCUGCAUCAUUGGAUUUAUCCCUCACGUCAUGGUAUUCACUGGUACAUUGAUCUGCUUCGGCAUAUACGCUGUUGCCUUGCUCUUGUCGGCUCUAGAGCCCCCCGAUCGAUGGAAUGUUACAGGGCGACGACUGUCCUUCCGAGAGCGACUCUCACUGGCACACGAGAACAUGCAAGCUAACAUCUCGCUGUCUGACAUUCGCAUCUCUCGUGAGAUGGACUUUUACACUGCAUUACUGAGAACAGGCUUUGGAGUUAUAACUAUGGCUAGCGAGGCCGUCUAUCUUAACGAAGACAGGGGCAUCAACUUAAAAAGCCGUACUUGGCUCGAAGAAGACAGACUAAAAGAACUUGAAUCUCUACACAUGCAAUGGGCCGGCUCAGGGCUAGGAGCUUCGCGCUAUGACUCGGUAGGGACUAUAGGGUUAAUACCGAUCAAGGAAGGGCAACUUGGGGCAUCAAAUGGCUACGCAAGAGAACGAGCAGCACAAAAAAUUCCGAAGUCACGUAUUGGGGAGAAGCGGGCUAAAGACGGAGUUGGUGCUACUGAGCGUAGCUCACGAUGGCUCUUAGCGUUGGAGUUUAUCAUGAACAUCAACAAGCUCCUUCUGCGAUGGGCCGCGUUACUUAUGCUCAAGGCACUCUCGCGUUUGGGAGUUAGGACCCAGCCUCGUUUCUUAUUGUGGCUCUGUCGUCUCCCCAAGCAAAACAAGAAAGAGGAGAAGCAGCCCGCCAAUCCGGGGCGCCCCGUACUGCUCAGUCGAUACGGCAGGGGCAGCAGACUCUAUAACGACGAGACAGCCGAUGUAGAAGCUGAGAUACGGCGGCGUCUAAGAUCAGCGCCUGAAACGGCGAAUCUCUCUGAUGAGGAGAUAGAUGCGCGAUUGUACUCUACCUGGAAAUACGGUGAUUUAUGGGGUUCGGUGGAUAGGAGUGGGGAGUGGCAACCAAACAAGAGUGACGAUGAAUGGGAUACGACAAGCAUGAUCAAUAGCGUAACGGGAGACGAAGAUGACUAUGAUCAGUGGAUUGAUGAAGACGACAUGGAGUAUGAAGACGGUCAAAGAACACCUACACAGAACUCAAGGCAGAUUUCAAUAUCACGUGAGGCAAGUCCUUUCGACCAGCCCCUGGCGAUGGAUGAUCUUGCCAGACUGCUUCACCCCACAAGUCCCGAGGAACGUCGCGAAGCGCAUGCGCUCGCUGCACAUUUGUCCAGCGAUCGCAUAGUGACGCGUUCACAAUACGCGCGUAUGCAGCAAAACCAACGCGGGCGCCUCUUUUUCCCGAAUCAGCUCAAAAGGGGCAAGCUUUCCGACGAGGACGAAGCCGAACUCCUCGAGGACCUGAUCAUCACGCGGCGGACGGAGACGGCGCGAGAAAGAGAGCUGCUCGAUAAGGGUGACAACCAAGAUGAAGACGAUAGAGGCGGGCCCCAGUGUGUUGUGUGCCACUCGGCAUCUCGCAAGAUCAUCGUUUGGCCUUGUCGGUGCCUCAGUUUAUGUGAUGAGUGCCGCGUCACCCUUGCUAUGAACAACUUUGAUAAAUGCGUUUGUUGUCGUAGGGAGGUGGUUAGCUUUAGCCGUAUUUACGUGCCUUGACGAUGGUUUUUGUUUCUUUUUACUGUUGUCUAAUGGCAUUUAUUCAUUCCUUGUUUGAUCAAUCGAUUAAUUUUCAGCAUUGCGUGCGAGACUUGGGUGCCAACCACCUUUACAUACCUAGGUACACAUUCACACAUGUUACAUGCCUUCAUACCUACCUACCUACAUACUUGCAUACUUGCAUCCGCACAUACAUAUACACAUACAUACAUACAUCACCACGAUAUGAUGAGUGCCUACCUAAGUAACUCAAUCAG